CUGGUGGACAGCACGACAACCAAGCCACCUCCCUCCAGGGCACGUACAUCAGGCGAAACGUCUUUGUAGAAGUGAUUUUGUAUGGCCAUGGAUAUGUCGUCUGAGUCGACCAUCGACUCGUAUACCUAUUCAUUUGAAGAGUACUCGGCAGAGGUCGCGCUUGAUGCCGUCAACAGUGGCACCGCGGCUUCUGGCAGAGGUGCCAGUCACGGCAGCCAUCCGCAUCGGCGGAAGGCCUCCCACGCGCACAUCGGCUCGCAGAGCACUGUCUCACAUGGCCUCAAGGUGGAUGUGGCUGGAACCAAGGGCUCGCAUCCCGAGCGGGCAUUGGACUCGCCAGCCGAGUCGCCGUGGUGGCGGAGAGCCGGGGCCAAGUCGACCGGGGCCUUUGUGCCUGAGCCUGCGGCCAAGCCGGACAUCCCGUCGCUGCCGAUGGUCGAGGCCGGAGCCGGUGCGGGUGAGAACAACCUGACAUGGCGCAAUGUCCAAUACUCGGUCGUCUCCAACGAGAACGGUGAGCAGCUGCCGAUCUUGCACGGGCUGUCCGGGACGGUGGCGGCUGGACAGACGCUGGCCAUCCUCGGCCCGUCGGGCUCGGGCAAGACCUCGCUGCUCAACAUCCUUGGCGGGCGCGUGACCGAGAACGUGAUCGGAGACGUGGCGCUCUCGGGCACACCGGUGACCAAGGUCUCCCGGCGCAAGGUUGGGUACGUCCUGCAGGAGGACUACCUGUUCUCGGAGCUGAGCGUGAGCGAGACACUCGAGUUUGCGGCCGCGCUUUCGCUCCCGGGCUCCCUCACCGACGCGGAGCGGAGCGCGCGGGUGGAGGCGCUGGUGGCAGACUUGCGGCUCUCGGCCUGCAUCAACACCCGCAUCGGCUCCCAGUUCAAGAAGGGCGUGUCUGGCGGCGAGAAGAAGCGGACCAACAUUGCGGUCGAACUGCUGAACAACCCGGCCGUGCUUCUUCUCGACGAGCCGACGUCGGGCCUCGACGCGGCGACAGCGCUUCUACUCAUCAAGCUGCUGCAGCGGCUGGCGGUCUCGCGCUCGCAGGCCGUCAUCACCACCAUCCACCAGCCGUCGUCGCAGAUCUGGGCGCUCUUCGACUAUGUACUUGUGCUUGACAAGGGGCACACGGCAUACUUUGGCCCGGCGGCCGACAUGAUCGACACCUUUUCCACCAUCGGCAUCACCUUUCCGCACCACUAUAACCCGGCCGAUUUUGUGCUCGAGGUUGUCUCGCACGCCACCGACGAGGCGAGGACCAAGGUUCGUGCGCUCGGCCAGUCGUGCAUUCCGCACGCCAGCAUUGACAUGCGGCUCGCUGCCAUCGACACUGGUAGGUCGGGCUCGUCGUCGCCGCGCAACCGCUCGAGCAGCGACCAGUACGAGGCAUCGUGGCUGCGGCAGAUGUGGCUCCUCGCCAAGCGGGCGUUCAAGCAGAACCGCGGCGACGUGCUCUCGCCGGUCAACUUUGGCCAGAUCCUGACCCUCGCUGUUGUCUCGGCAGUCAUCUGGUGGCAGAUCGACGACACCGAUGCCACCAUUCACGACCGAGUCGGCCUUCUCUUCUUUGCUACCAUCUUCUGGGGCUUCUUCCCGCUCUUUCACUCGAUGACCACCUUUACCAUCGAGCGCGGCAUCGUCAAGAAGGAGCGCGACGCCGGCAUGUACUCGUGCUCGGCGUACUUUGUGGGCAAGACGCUCGCCGAGACGCCGAUCCAGCUCCUGCUGCCGGCCAUGUGGAUCACCGUCGUCUUCCCGUCGGCUGGCCUCUCGUCCGAGUUCUCGGCCUACCUUGUCUCGCUCCUUCUUCUUCUUCUCCACGUCGUCGCCGGGCAGUCUGUCGGCCUCAUUGUUGGCACUAUCUUUGUCAACGUGACCAAGGCCAUGACCGUCGCCGGCACUGCGCUCCUCACUCUCAUGCUCAUCUCCGGCUUUUACGUCAAGACCGACAACCUUCCGUGGGAUUGGCUCCGUGGCCUCCAGUACCUCUCCAUCCUCAAGUAUCACUGGGAGGCACAGGUUGUCAACGCCAUUGCCGGCCAGACUUUUGCUUGCGUCGACGCCGCCAACCCGUCGGCCGACUUUGCCGUCUGCCCGGUCACCGAGUCGGCCAUCCGCAACUUUUACGACUUUGACGUCGAGCCGUGGGCCAACGCCAUGGUUCUUCUUGGCUUUGCCAUCCUUGCCCGCCUAGGCGCGUACGGCAUUCUCCGCCUCCGCGGCGUUUAA